UUGUGCACCUCGUCCUUCUAGAUCAACCUAGUAGUCCUUGUUCUAAGUACGUAAUUACCACGAGUUUAGAGAAAGAAAAAACCCCUUCUCCCGAAUCCUAUUGCACCGUCGUGCGCACAUGUAUUACUCAUUCUUGUUUUUCGUGUUGUUGUGUUACCACGUUUACGGGCUGCGACAGUGUUUUGUUUUCGUUUUUUGUUACUAUGGGAAAGCGUAAGAUUUUUAAAGUUUCGCCUCGCAAAAGGCGGCGAACUGAGCGGGCGGACAAGAAAAAUAAAAAGAUCGCGUUAGAAGUACUACUUAAUUUACGGCGUGUUUCGCGUUCGACUUCGAGGGACGCCAUUUUAUCAGCUGACCGACAUCCCGGGGCAACAGCCGUGGUUUCACCGGCAUUGACAACGUCUUCUUCUCAGUCAACGACACCGCGAGGAGAAGAUCGCUUUUUACAAGCUGAUGUGGAUUUCGCUUCGCCGCAGCCCCAUUCCAGCCAUUCCCAUUCUCCGACACACGUGUUAUUGAACCCUGUGUUGAGAUUGGGCGCUUUGGAAGAGGCACGGGUUUUUGACCCUGAAAGUUUUGUGGAAGAGAACGACCAGAAUGUUCCAGCUAAUGAGCAGUUAAGUGACAAUGUUUUGUCACUUUUAGGUGAAUUUAAUCCCCCGAAGAGGGAUUUGUCGGUUGCCGUGCAUCCAGCUGUGGCUGAUCGAUGGGAAAAUAUUUUAAAGUCUGGAUUGGAUGCUGCAGCAGUAGCCACCUUUGUGCAAAAAUAUCCUCCAGCGGAAAAUUGUACGUUCAUGGGAGUACCCAAACUAAAUCCUGAGAUUGAGGCUGCUUUCACCGAGGCACUUAAAGGACGGGAUGCAAGAUUGUCUAAAUUGCAAGGCAAUUUGGGAGCAGCUUUAGCAGCCAUUGGAAAAGGGCUAAGCCUGUGUCUGCAAGAAGGGGAGGGGAUACACUUCCCUCUACCUUUAAUAGAGUGUCUCAGCGAUGCUGGACGGCUAAUAGCUGAUUGCCAUUAUCAGCAUUCGAUGGCCCGGCGUUUCAUUGCAACGUCAAACAUAAACAAAUCUUCUCGGGCCACAUUGACGAAGGCUCCGAUUGGAGAUUGGUUGUUUGGCGAUGCUCUAUCUGAGAGAGUAAAGGCAGCAAAAGUGCUAGAGCGAGCCUCUAAUGACCUUAAGGUUCAGAAGGUGACCUCCACCCAGUUUCGCAGUAAGGGGCCUAGUUCGUUAAACUCAAAGGGCCUGUCACGUUUACCCGACAACAGUCGCCGGGGCAGGCCAAACUUUUCAUUUCGUCGGGACCGUCAACCACAACCAAUGCUGUCCGGGACAAAGAAACAUCCAGUGCUACAACAGCGGCAGCGAUGGCAGAACAAAUCCCGACAUUACCGUUAGAGGUUGCCACAUCCGCUACACCCGCAACUUACCCUGGUUGCAGGGCUUUUGUCGAGCAGGCGUUGAGUCUUAAGGGCGUCCCAAGAGAGGCGUUGGAGAUAUCGAUAGCGUCACUCACGGAUUCAUCAUUAAGGCAAUAUAAUAGUAGCCUUCGCCUUUGGUGGAUGUUUUGUAAAAACAGAAAUGCUAAUUGCUUUGACUUGGACAUAAACGCCGUUUUAUCUUUUUUAGUAGAUCUGUUUAAUCAGGGAGCUUCCUAUGGAGUCCUUAAUACUGCUAGGUCGGCAUUAGCGUUACUUAUCUCACCAAGUUUGGGACAGGAUUUUAGGAUUAGACGUUUCCUCAAGGGCGUUUUUAAGCUGCGUCCUUCAUUGCCAAGAUAUGAUUCAGUGUGGGAUCCAUGUAUUGUUUUAAGAUAUCUGUCCACACUGGUACCUAAUGAAUCGAUAGAUUUAUCUAUGUUAGCCAAAAAAGCAGUAACCUUGCUAGCCUUAGUAACGGCCCACAGAGUCCAGACUUUCUCCUUGAUAGAGAUAGAUAACAUAACGUGUUCGAAUGAUAAGAUGGAAAUAAAAGUUCCUCUGCGGAUUAAAACUUCGUCUCCGCGGGGUUUUCAACCGAAUUUAUCUUUUCCGUUUUUUAACGAUAAGCCUGGACUCUGCGUAGCGCGUACAUUGUUGGGUUACUUAGAGCGGACUAAGGGUUUGAGACCUAUGCGGUCGAGCAAAUUAUUCCUAACCUCAAAACAACCCUUUAAGCCGGCGUCUUCUCAAACUCUUAGUCGUUGGAUUAAGGACAUGUUAGCCCGAAGUGGAGUAGAUACAUCGAGAUUCACAGCUCACAGUACUCGCCAUGCGGCAACUUCCGCAGCUGCGCGGAAGGGAGUAAGUCUGGAUGUAAUUAGAUCUACGGCGGGAUGGUCCCAUUCCUCCCAAGUGUUUGCAAAAUUCUACAACCGACCUCUUGUUGAGAGUCGCUCUGUUGCUAAUGCAAUAUUAGAUUUUAAGUAAUAGUAACCUAAAUAUUUUGUAUCGUUUUUUACACAUUUAGAAGUUUUUCCUUUAUAAAGUUUCUGUUUCAUGA